AUGUCCGCAAACGAUAGAGAGCUGUACUUCCAUGAUGACUUCUCCUUCUACGCCGAGAGAGAUCUGUCGCUGCUCUCCGGUGAGAUGCCGAGCGGUGCUGCCAUCGGCACCCUGCAACCCUUGUCUCCUAUCAUGAGCUUCGAUGACUACUUAAAGCUGGACGCGUUUGACCCUGGCGAGCUCGCCUCUCCUGAGCUAGUGGCCGAUGGUGCUGUCAACUCCACUAACAAUUUGACGCCGUCGACUGGGUGCGGUGCAGGCACGUCGCCUGCAUCACCGAGCUCUUCAGUGCCAUCUUCGUCGACCGAGGCAGCGGGCGAGGAGGACACAAGCCGACGCAAGAAAGAUCAUCUGAAGCAGGAGGAAGAGGAGAUCGAGAUGGAACAAAAGCUACAGUCUAAAGCUGAUAACGACAAGUCCAAGAAAGUGAGCAAACCGAAGAAGAGAGGAGAGAAAAGACGAAGAGAGCCUCGUUUUGCUUUCAUGACCAAGAGCGAGGUUGAUCAUCUUGAAGAUGGCUAUAGGUGGAGGAAGUACGGCCAGAAGGCAGUCAAGAACAGCCCUUUUCCGAGAAGCUACUACCGCUGCACAUCGCCGACAUGCUUGGUGAAGAAGACGGUGGAGAGAUCAUACCAAGAUCCAGCAAUUGUCGUCACAACCUAUGAAGGGAAACACACUCAUCACAGCCCCGCACCUGCUCGAGGAAGCACACAGUCGCUUGCAUCUCCACCGACGGCGUCGACAAGCUUCCGCCACCACCACCACUACCACCUGAUGCACCAACCAAAUCUGCAUUGCUUCCUGCAAUCUCCUUUCCAGGGAUUUCAAUUCCCUGACUGUGAUCUGCUGCAAGACAUUUUACCUUCCUUCACACAGAAAAGCCAACCAUGAUAUGGCUUAGGUUGCUCUCUCUAUGACUCCACUAUCACUGUACAUGAACGUUCCUGACUAUAAGAUGAUGAGGUUAUGUAGCAAGCAAAGUUUGGCUGGCCAGUCAAUCUGUUUGACUUAAUGAGAUACAAUGUGUGCUUGUUUA